CGGGACUCAGCUCGCCGCGAUGCCCUUGCACAAGGUCCCUGUCGGCCUGUGGAAGCAGCUCCGGCUGCGGGAGGGCAUCUACUCCCGCCUGCCCCAGCACUACCUGCGUUCCCUGGAGGAGGCGCGGACGCCCACUCCCGUGCACUACAGGCCACACGGGGUCAAAAGCAAGAUCAACCCCAAGAACGGGCAGCGGGAGCGCGUGGAGGACGUGCCCAUUCCCGUUCACUAUCCCCCGGAGUCCCAGCUGGGGCUCUGGGGCGGCGAGGGCUGGGUGCAGGGUCACAGAUACGUCAACAACGACAAGCUUUCCAAGAGGGUGAAGAAGGUGUGGAAGCCGCAGCUGUUCCAGCGUGAGCUUUACAGUGAGAUCCUGGAUACCAGGUUCACCGUGUCCGUGACCAUGCGCACCCUGGACCUCAUCGACGAGGCCUACGGGUUUGACUUCUACAUUCUUAAGACCCCGAAGGAGGACCUGUGCUCAAAGUUUGGGAUGGACCUGAAGCGAGGGAUGCUGCUGCGGCUUGCCCGACAGGACCCCCAGCUGCACCCAGAUGACCCCGACAGGAGGGCGGCCAUCUACGAUAAGUACAAGGCGUUUGUCAUCCCGGAGGCAGAAGCCGAGUGGGUUGGCCUGACGCUGGACGAGGCCGUGGAGAAGCAGAGGCUCCUGGAAGAGAAGGACCCCGUUCCUCUGUUCAGGGUGUACGUGGAGGAGCUGAUUGAACAGCUUCAGCAGCAAGCACUGUCCGAGCCGGCAGUGGUGCAGAAGAGAGCCAGCAGGACGUAGCCGCACUGGGACCUGGGCCUGACAGCCAAGCUCAGCACCCCGCCCCCUUUGGCACCGUGGACAGAGCCUGGGCCACCCGUGGUCGUGUGUGCUGGCCGUGCAGCUCCCGGGUAGGGUGGGCUUUGUGGAGGCCCCAGGAGGUCUCUUGUCCCAGGAUCCCCAGAGGCCUGGGGCCCUCUCGCUGCCUCUGUCCCCCACUCCCCGCACUGGAGGCCCUGCCAAGGCAGGUCACCACCCUUGGGGGACAGUGUGAGUAAAGUGUGAGCCGGGCUGUGUGUGUGCUGCUUUGCUUAG